AUGAAGAUUAAUAAAACUUUGAUGGGUUUGAAUCAAGGUUUGAAUACCAUUGAAAACAGGAAAUUGUCCGAACUUGUUGAGAUUGGAUUGAGUCUGUUGAAUCUUAGUUUAGAUACUUUAGAUCCAUUCAAAUUUCAAUUGAUCAUGCGUAGAAAAGGCCUUGAAAGAGUUUCGGAAACAAUUGAUCAAGCUAUUGAAUUGGGCCUUAAACCUUUAAAAAUCAAUUCGGUGGUUAUAAGAGGAAUGAAUGAAAAUGAAGUAUUAGAUUUUAUAGAGUUGACACAAAACAAGCCUAUUUAUGUAAGGUUCAUUGAAUAUAUGCCAUUUAAUGGACUCAUGGAUUUAUUUAAACCAUUAAUUGAAGAAAUGGAUUCAAGAGUUGUUGCAGUGAAAUCUAGUCAAAUUGAAUUAAAUAAAGAAAUUGAGCAAUUAACUGCAGAACUUCAAUUGUUCAUUGAAGCAACAAAACCACCACAAAUCCAAACUUCUAUUCAAAAAUUAAUUGAUGCAAGAAAACGUUUACUUAUUACAAACCAAACUCUGAAAUUAGUUCAUCAUC